GUUAAUCUUUCUUUAUGUAUUCCCCACCCUACCUUCACCCUAAACCUGCUUAAACUUAGUGUAUAAUAUUAAUUGCAUUUUCAGUGAUUAACUUGCGAACUUUUAUUUUGAAAAGUAAAUAAAGUCUAUAGGCGUGUGAUUAUUCAUGCAGUGCUGCACAGCGUAUGACAAGCCGUAUUGCGAGUGGCGACUCCACCCUCUUUUGGAGGUUACCGCCCAAUUUUGAAUCCACGAAUCCAUUGGGGAGCGCUGAGAUAUAUACGUGGAGUGCGGAAUCUUGUUAACCUGUAUGGUCUUUGUUUUACGCAGCGACAAAAACAACCAAUCAGAGCGCUGUACGAUAUCUGCGUCAUCGGGAUAGACCCGGAAGUUUAAUAGUCUGCUGGCCGUUAGAAAUUUAAAAGGAUUUCCGCGAGACCUGGCGUUGCUAAGGAACGGCGCGUGACAGAGAACAUCGGCCGAUGAAAUAUUACGAAUGAUCCGAUCAUGUCUGUGAAUAAAGAAGAAAGUUUAUCUGCAGAUGAGAUCAGACAGAAGCUUUAUCAGACGUUUAAGAGCCGCGGGCUGCUCGACUCUAUGAAGACGCAGCUUCGGAAUCAGCUGAUCCAGGAGCUCCAGCAGCCAGUUCGGACACGACACACUGUUCUCAGAUCAGCUCACAGUGACUCUGUGUUAGCUACAGCGUGUAACAGUGUGAUGAUCGAUCACCUGAAGACCAUCGGCUGUGAAUACACGCUGUCUGUCUUCUAUCCGGAGUGUGGCAUGAGUAAAGACAAGGUGUUGUCAAGCAGAGAUCUCCUUCAGCUUAUGAAGAUCAGCCCUCACAUGCCUUUAUACAAAGCUGUGAUGUCAAAUCUCCAGAAGGGACAGACAGGAUUCUUGAUGACUUUGUUCACAGAACUCUCAGAUCAUCUUCAUGGUUCAGUAAACUGUGAUGCCGCUUCUCAAACCUCCGCUGAAGACGCUCACAAAGAGUCUCUCGUGGAGAAGAUGCAGAUGAUCGAGCAGGAGUACGAGCUCAUGAGAAACAGAGAAGAGCGAUGGACGUCUGUGGAGGUCAAACUCACACAACACAGAAGAGAGAUCGAAGAACAAUCUCAGGUGGAACUCAAAGCACAGCUUCAGCACUUCAUGGAUGUGGAGAUCACGAAGGUGAAGAGAGAGGAACAAGAGAAAUCUCGUAAAGAGAUCCUGGAGCUGAGGCGAGACAUGGAGAGAACACACGAGCUGAAGUCAGAAGCUCUCGUGAGCCGUGAAAAAAACGCCAUUGAACGAUUACAGAAACAUCAGGAGAUGGAGGAGAAGGAGAUUUACACACAAAGACAAAUGUUGCUGAGGGACAUUGAAUCUGUGCGUCACAGAGAGACGGACCUCAAACAGAGAACUGAAGCCUUUGAGAAGUCCUGUAAGUUUCACGAGGAGAAGAUGAAGACUGUGGAAGAUCUUCUGAGGAGAAGAGAGCUGUCUGUGAAGAACACAGAGGAUUCCUUGGAGCAGAAACUGAAGAGUGAGGUGAUGAAGUAUCAGCUGGAACUGAAGGACGAUUACAUGAAGAGAACUGAGAUGCUCACUGAAAAUGAGAAACGGAAUAAAGUUGAAAGUGUUGGUCUGCAGAAGGAACGGGCUGUUAUUGAAGCUCAAGCUGAAGAACACAAGAGAACUUUAUCAGAAGUCAAACAACUGCAGAUGGAGCUGGAGACGCUCAGAGAGCAGAUGAAUCUUCUCAGACAGCAGAAACAUCAGCUUCAGGAGAAACUGGACGACAUGAGGGAUUAUUCAGAGCUGAAGAGACAAACGCUUGAACAUCAGACACAGAUCAGACUCAUCAGACAUCAGCUGGAGGAGAAACACGAGGAGAACCGCCGACUCACACAAGAAGUCAGCAGUCCGUCUGAAGAGCAGCUGCGGCUGCAGGCAGAGCUGAAGAGACUGCAGACGGGACGCAGACGUGAUGAAGAAGAGUUUGAGACGCAGAAGAAUGUUCUGCACACGCAGCUUCAUCAUGAGGUGCAGAAGUGUGCUCUGUUAAAGGCUCAGCUGAUGGAGUGUGAGGAACGCACACGGUGGAUGAACACACACGCUGAAGAGAUUCAACUUCAGUUGAAACACACACAACAAGCUUUAGAGAACCAGAUUCUUCUCAAUCCCAAACCUUCUCUGCUCGAUCCGUCUGUUCUCUGUCUGAAUCCUCCAGACAUUUCUAUGGACAGCGCUCUCUUCAGACGAGCCACAGGUUCUGACGUAGCUUUAUGUGAAGCAGGAGAGACUCUCAGAGCUCCGCGCUCUCGUGUCGAGGUUCCCGAGCGAGACUCUGAACUGCUGUCUGGAGCUCUGGCCAGAAUACGACAGCUGGAGAUAGAAGCUGAGCGAUUAGAAGACGCUUACAGAAACCACCAGCAGAGAGCCACAGAAGACGCGUCACGUCACAGAACCACAACAUCCACGUCUUUCAUCAAACCCAGAGUCACGUUCACCGGAGCUUUGGAUCCAAACCAGCCGCUCUGCAGAACUCCUUCAGGAGACCAGACUCCACCCAGACUCAACUCUCCUCCUGCCAGACGAUUGUCUUCUACACCCGUCUCCAGACCAGACGCUCAUCAGACACAUCCCGUCAUCAUUCACGAGCGGCUGAGGAAGACUGACACUGAAGGACCGGCGGUGAUGUUCACUGAUCUGAGGACGGACAGACAGAUCUCACCCAUCCCUCCAGCGGACAGCAGAGACCUGACGUCUGUCAGCAGCCCCACCAUGAAGAGCACGACACGAGACCACAGCAGUCCACCCAGACUCCAGCAGAUUAUCUCCUCCCCAUCAACAUCAUCAUCAUCAUCUCAAGGGUCAUCACCACAGCCUGAGAAGAUCAGUCUUCAUGACCUCACCGACCCUGAACCACAUCAGGAGUGUAUCCUGGAGAAACUACAGGACACACACACACAGAGCUGUCUGCGGGAUGAAGCUGUACCUUCAUCAGACGCUCGUGAAGAGGAGGAGAGACCAGAGGAGAGAGAGGAGGAGAGAUCAGAGCAAGCGCUGAUUCAACAUGAGAAAGAAGCGGAAGAAGAACAUGUGACAGGAGCGGCCACAGUGAUUGGAGGACGAGAUGAAGAACCUUCUGAUGUCAUCAAUCCACUGGAGAAAUACAUGAUGAUCCUCAUGCAGGGAAAGCAAGAGCAGAGCCCAAAGAAGGAGUCUGACCGUGAAAGCCCUCAGGAGGAGCAUCUUCUAUCUGGAAUCAACGAUGACAGCAUUGAUGCAGUUUCACAUGAAGAACCAGACGAGGAGUUCUGGUGAAGACCAGCGAGUUUCCUCACGUUUAUGAUUUUAUGAUCUUGUGUGUAUUUUUAUCUUCUUUUUUAUUCACUAGAUAAGUUAAAGCUGUGUGUCUGAUUCUGUGCAUUUAUUAAAAUGUGAAUAAAUGUGAUAUUACA